AAAGGCUAUAAACAGUUUAAAUUACGUCUUUAACGGUACAUUUUAAAUAAACAGAAUGAUGUCCUUCGCUCACAUUGAUCUUGAAUGUGUUGUUGAUUAAAGUCAUCAUAUUCAUUUCUACCCUAGUAAACACGUCCUUUUAAAAAAAGAUGUGCGAGUAACUGGGGAAACAUUGUUUAUAAACAAAACAACUUUCAUAUACAUAAUCUACCUUUAAAAAAGAUUAAAACAGGACUAAUAUGUAUAGAAGAACUUACUACGAACGGGACCCCUACAGGACGAACUACACACGUCGUUCAUAUGAUGAUAGCGAUAUCCGCCCAUAUAGCAGCUACGGGAACAGGUACCGGAACAGUACAUUUAACCCCCUGUAUUAUGGAUAUAGCCGCAGACCUGAUUAUUCAUAUCCAUGGGAGAGGGACCACGAAUUGAGAACAAGACGAGAGGAAAACAGAACAGAAACCCGGGAAGUAACGAUAGACGAGAGGGACGAGGAACUUAGAGAGCCUGAAAAAGAUGAGGAGGUCAACAAGAAAUUUCACGUGAACAAGGUUGAUUUGAAUAUCAAAAGUAACACUGAAGAUCACCACACAGAUAAAUACAUGUGCACUAAGAGGAAGAAGGACCCCGACCUUGUAAUACGGAGAGGACAAUCAUUUAAAAUGACCAUAACUUUUGACAGGCCAUAUAAUAACGAACAAAAUGAAAUAUUGUUCACCUUCAAAACAGGUAAAUCAUCAAGACCUUCCAACAAAACACAAGCCCAGAUCAUCAUGAAUGAAAACACAAGUAGCAGAAGUAAAGAUAAAAAAGAAUGGUUCUCCAAAUUAGUGGACAAGAAGGAGAAUAGUAUUGACGUAGAGGUUACACCACCUUGUAACUGUAUCAUUGGAGAGUGGAGGUUUACAAUACAGACAGAAUCUAAACUAAAGGACGACGGAGACAAGUUAAUACUUAUGUAUAAACACAAUGAAGAUGUUAUAAUUCUUCUGAACCCAUGGUGCCCAGAUGAUCAAGUUUUCAUGGGAACAGAGCAACUAUUGGACGAAUACAUACUCAAUGAGUCUGGUGCCAUAUGGAGCGGUAAUUACCGACAGAUGGGUGUCAAACCAUGGAAUUUUGGACAGUUCCGAGAUGGUAUACUUGACACGUGCUUACAUCUUAUCCGGAAGGCCUACAAUAACACAGUAGACCCUGCGAUGUCAGACCCUGUUAAACUCGCUCGUGCAAUAACAAGAAUGGUGAAUGCGCCGGAUGAUAAUGGUGUUCUGGUUGGGAAUUGGAGCGGGGAUUACAGUGGUGGAACACCACCUAUGAAAUGGGUUGGAAGUGUUGCAAUAUUGGAGGAAUAUACCAAGAACCAGGGUACACCUGUUCAGUUCGGACAAUGUUGGGUAUUUUCAGGACUGACAACUACAGUAUGCAGAGCCAUAGGACUGCCAGCUCGUAGUGUAACAAAUUUUGCGUCAGCCCACGAUACAGACGGAUCAACAUGUAUCGAUAAAGCAUUCGUAAGGAAAGGCGAGGAUUUGGAGAAGGUUGACAUUGCGGGUUCAAGUGAUUCCAUAUGGAAUUUUCACGUAUGGAAUGAAGCGUGGAUAUCAAGACCUGAUCUCGGUAAAGGUUAUGAUGGUUGGCAAGUUAUUGAUGCAACACCACAAGAAUUAAGUUCAGGUGUUUACCAGUGCGGACCAGCACCUGUUACUGCUAUAAAGAAAGGUGAAAUUGGACGACCAUUUGAUGCACCUUUUAUAUUUGCUGAAGUAAAUGCAGAUAUUGUUCAUUGGGAAAUACUUCCAAAUGAUUCAUGGGUUAUCAUUAAAACUGACAGUAACGAUGUUGGUAAAAACAUAAGCACCAAGAAACCAGACGGAAGACCAUAUAACGGAGAAGCAUCUGUAUGGAGAGGAUACGGAGAAAAAUAUCGACUAGAUGUUACAAGCGAAUAUAAGUACCCCGAGGGUAGUUUAGAGGAAAGGCUUGCAGUUCAGAAUGCUGACAAUGAGGCGAAAGGUGGACGUGAUGUAUUUGCUACGGGCGACACAAUGGAUAUAUCGGUGGAGAUUGAAGAAAAAGAUGGUGUUUUGGUGGGCAAUGACUUUGAAGUAGAACUCAAACUGAAAAAUAUUAAAAAGAAAAAGGCACUGAGAACUGUAAAGCAUUUACAAGUAGUAAUAGAUAGCGUAAAAUAUACUGGAGAUGGGAGACGUAAUGUUAUAAAAAAAAGUUUUGAUGAUAUCCGUCUUGAUUUCGGUGAAGAGAAGACAGUUAAAUUUACAGUUAAAACAGAUGAAUAUUUGGACAAAAUGUAUGAAUUGUUUGGAAUGGAAAUUAUGGCAUAUGCCCAUAUCAAGGAGACUGAGAAUUGUUACGUUAAGACAGAUGAUUUCCGUUUGAGACGUCCAGAUAUUACGAUAGAGGUUCCUUCAAAGGUCAAAGUUGGAAAUCCUUUCAAAGUGAAACUGUCAUUUAAAAAUCCUUUACCAAAACCUCUUACUAAAUGUUCCUACCUCAUCGAAGGAAACGGAAUUGAAAAUAAGGCAAACUCAGCAAGUGAUGUUCCUGCUAAGUCAGAAUGGAGUACUAUGGAAGAGUUAGUAGCUGAAACAGAGGGUGAAAUUCAAAUCAACUGUAGUUUUGAUUGUGAAGAAUUGAGGGACAUUAUUGGAAUGGUAUCUGUAAAAGCAGAAUAAUUACAAUGCAAGGAAAAUUAUUUCAUCAAAU